CAACUAAUUCCUGAAGAAGUGUUCUGCUCCGAAUGUGAGGGUAAUCAUGUUCUAAGUGACCCAAUUAUUAUAACCUCACGAGCAAAGAUUCUGACCUUCACUGGGGUAGUUGAAGGAAUUUCAACUUACUACAAAGUCUGCAGCAACUGCAGCAUGAUGUACAGGUACCAGGAAUUCACUGAUGGUAUCCAUAACUUCAAUGACCACCUUCUGCUUUCUCUACACUUGUGUCUGAUUUUUCGCAAUGCUCUUCAGAGUAAUGAGCAUACUUGAAGCCACUGCCAAAGCAAAAUUUCCCAGCAAAGACACAGUGCUCCAUGGUUACCUCCACUUUGAAGCCUUGGGCAGCCAUGACUAUUCUUACACAUGCAUCAAUUGUGGUUAUCACCCCAAAGUGGUGAUCAUGGAUCUCCACAAGAAAGGAGUCUUCAGUAUUCCUUUCAGUGAAAUAGCCACACCACCAUCAGAAUUCAAGGGUGAUACAAACAUUGUCUCUUUUUGGGAAUCCGUAACGAUGGAGAUGAUUGGCCGGGGAUUUCUUUCAAGUGGCAGGAAAAACCCCUUUGUAGUUCGUCCCAGUUAUGAUUCCUGGGCUCCUUGGAUUGGACCUAAUACCCGGAAUUCAGACAUUGUUUUAAACACUGAGCAUGCAAAACUACAAAAAAAAAAGUCCUGUGAUGUUCCAGAUCUUGACGUCACAGAGGAAAGGUUAGGUGAUGAGCUCUUUAAUCUUAAGGUUGAUGCAGUGAGGAAGCUGUGCAAAGAAUGUGGAUUGGACACCAAGGGAUCAAGGAUGGAUCUUGUGUUACAUUUGCGGACGGAGAUGCAAAACCGCUCAGCGUACGAAAAAAUCUUCCAGCAGAUUUGGGGUGCUUCUGUCCCCAUGAAGGGAGACUUGCUGAACCAACUACAGCCAAUAUCCAGCUAG